AUGGACUCCUUUAUCGAUAUUCUUCCAAAAGUCGAGCUUCAUUUGCACAUUGAAGGCACCUUGGAACCCGAAACGGUCUUCCAACUAGCCCAAAAGAACAAUGUCACGCUCUCUCAUGCGUCCGUCGAAGAUUUGCGGAGUGCUUAUCAGUUUGAAAAUCUGCAACAAUUUUUGGACUUGUAUUAUCAGGCCUGUGCUGUAUUGGUCACACAAGAUGACUUUUAUCAAAUGACCAUGGCCUUCUUGACUCGUGUGCAUCAAGACAACUUGGUACACCUGGAGCUCUUUGUGGAUCCACAGUCUCACACAGAUCGAGGGGUUGCUUACGAAGUAGUCAUCAAUGGGAUUUGGCAAGCCAUGAAAGAGGCGCAAGAGAACUGGGGCAUGACAUCCAAGAUUAUUGUUUGUGUCUUAAGGCACUUGUCACCCGAAAUGGGAAUGGAAAUGCUUGACCAAACAUUGGAAUACCUAAAGCAGCAUCCCACAGCACCCAUCGUGGGCAUCGGCCUGGACUCUAGCGAAAAGAAUCGGCCUCCAAACUUGUUCCAAGACAUUUUUGCCAAGGCACGGGAUCAUGGAUUGAAGGCGGUGAGUCAUGCUGGAGAAGAGGGACCGCCCUCGUACAUUACCGAAUCCCUCGAUCUUCUCAAGGUCCAUCGCGUGGAUCAUGGAGUUCGAUGUUUGGAAGAUAUGGAUCUCGUCAAGAGACUCAGCCAACUGCGCAUGCCAUUGACCGUCUGUCCCAAUUCGAAUAUCAGACUUUGUGUCUUUGACAAAAUGGAAGAUCAUACUUUGAAGGUACUCUUGGAAGAGCAUGACUUGUGUGUGACCAUCAACUCGGACGAUCCAGCCUAUUUUGGUGGGUACAUCGGAGAGAACUACAAAAACGUGGCCAAUGCAUUAAAGUUGUCCAAGGAACAGUUGGUCAAACUGGCAAAGAAUGGUAUUGAGGCAAGUUUCUUGACCGAGGAGGAAAAGGGCACCUUGUAUCAACGUUUGGAGGAUGCCGUCAAGCAAUAUGAACAAAAAUGA